AUGUCCAAUAAGGAGGAAAGGGAGCCUGAAAUAUCCAAAAAAAUAGAUAACGCUGAAGAUAUUAUAAUAGGUUGCAAAUGUUGGGUCGAAAAAGAUACCGAAUUCCGUUUGGCUGAAAUACUGUCCAUCAAUAGUAGGAGACAACCACCGAAAUUUUACGUGCAUUACAUUGAUUUUAAUAAGCGUUUAGAUGAAUGGAUAUUAGCAUCAAGAAUAGAUUUCAAAAGGGAGGUUUAUUUCCCAAAACCUAAAGAUCCUGAAGAAAAGAAGAAGAAGAAGCAGCGUAAAAGUGCUACUCCUAGAGCUGCAGAAGGUGAAACUCCAGAUGGAGCAGAUAUCUUGGACUUAGAAAACCUAAAUGUGCAGGGCGUUGGAGAUGAAGCUAUUAGUCGUGAUGAUGAAAUUAAGAAGUUGAGAACAUCGGGAUCAAUGACUCAAAAUCCGCAUGAAGUUGCUCGUGUUAGAAAUUUAAGCAAGGUCAUCAUAGGCAAACAUGAGAUUGAACCAUGGUACUUUUCUCCGUAUCCUAUUGAACUUACUGAGGAGGCAGUUGUAUAUAUUGAUGAUUUUUCUCUGCAAUAUUUCGGGUCGAAAAAGCAGUACGAGAGAUAUAGAAAGAAAUGCACAUUACGACAUCCUCCAGGGAAUGAAAUUUACAGAGACUCGUACAUUUCUUUUUUUGAAAUAGAUGGGAAGAAGCAGAGGACGUGGUGUCGGAACCUGUGUUUGCUGUCCAAGUUGUUCUUGGAUCAUAAAACAUUGUAUUACGACGUGGAUCCCUUCCUCUUUUAUUGCAUGACGCAGCGGGAUGAACUGGGUCACCACUUGGUUGGUUAUUUUUCCAAAGAAAAAGAGUCGGCAGACGGCUACAAUGUUGCAUGUAUAUUGACAUUACCGCAAUAUCAGCGGAUGGGUUUUGGGCGACUAUUAAUUGAGUUUUCCUAUGAACUAUCUAAAAAAGAGAAUAAAGUCGGUUCUCCAGAAAAGCCACUAUCAGAUUUGGGUCUGUUGUCGUACAGAGCAUAUUGGUCGGACACAUUAAUCAAAUUACUGGUAGAAAAUGGGUCGGAGGUGACCAUCGACGAAAUCAGCAACAUGACAUCUAUGACUACUACAGAUAUCCUCCAUACUGCGAAAGCUUUGAAUAUUCUUAGAUACUACAAAGGUCAGUAUAUCUUAUUCCUAAAUGAAGAUGUUAUGUUGAGAUAUGAAAAACUAGUUGCAAAGAAGAGAAGGUCGAUAGAUCCUGAGAAACUAAUUUGGAAGCCACCUGUUUUCACGGCAUCGCAGUUAAGGUUCGCAUGGUAA